AUGUCUCCGAGGCCGGGAGUUCCUUUGAUUCUUUAUCUCACCAUCAUCGAGUCAUCCAUGGGGAGCAUGUUGGCCCAAGAGAACGAGAACAAGGAGGAAGUAGCCGUCUACUAUCUCAACAAAAGGAUGACCGGUUACGAGUUGAACUAUUCUUUUGUGGAAAAAGUCUGUUGGGCACUAGCCUGGGUAACUAAGAGGUUGCGCCACUACAUGCAAGCCCACCCAAUCAAGCUAGUGUCGAGACUCGAUCCCAUUCGUUUCUUGUUUCAAAGAACUCUUCUUUCGCCGCGUCUUGCUAAAUGGAUGAUGAUGAUUUCAAAAUAUGACAUCACAUAUACCGUGCAAAAGUCGAUCAAGGGGAGUAUAGUGGCUGAUUUCCUAGCUGAUCAACUAAUCACCAUUGAAGACGAUGACGAAGAAAUGGUCUUCCCAGAUGAUGAGAUCAUGGUUGUUCAAUCCGAAACGUGGAAGUUAAUGUUCGAUGGCGCGUCGGGAAGACAGGGUUACGGCAUUGGUAUCCUUUUGAUCGAUCCUGCUGGCACGUAUAAUCCUACUUCUGUUAAGUUGAGUUAUAGUGUCACCAACAACGAGGCUGAGUACGAAGCAUGCAUUGCUGAGAUCAAGUUAGCUAGCGAGAAGAGGAUUAGCAGAUUGGAGGUUAUUGGAGACUCGAAUCUUGUAAUCUCACAAGCCAAUGGGGAUUGGCAGGUCAAAGGCGACAAUCUUAAACCUUAUAAUUCUUUUCUCAUGCGUUUAAUCGCCAAAUUCGAAAGUGUUGUUUUCAUCAAUGCUUCAAAGAGUCAGAACCGUUUCGCUGACGCCCUUGCAACUCUCGCGGCAAUGACUCAAAUUCCCGAAGGAAUCAAGAUCAAGCCACUCAAAAUCCAAAAGAGGUGCAAUCGCAUCUAUGAGAAACUAGUGGUGGCUAACGCUAGUAUCUCAAGCAAACCUUGGUUCGAGCCCAUUCAAUCAUAUAUCGAAAGGGGGGAAUACCCUGCCCACUUUCAGAAGAAAGAGCGCCGCGCUCUCCGUCAGUUUGCCACUAGCUAUGUGGUUGUGGCAGGAUGUCUCUAUCGACGAUCUUUUGAUGGACAAAACAUGCUUUGUGUAGAUCAGGCGGAGUCUACUACCAUCAUGGAAGAAGUGCAUGCUGGGAAUUGCGGUUCCCACAUGAAUGGCAUGGCUCUUGCUAAGAAAGUUCUUCGGCUAGGCUACUUUUGGAAGAACUUGGAACAAGAUUGCAUUGCGUUCGUCAAGAAGUGUCACCAGUGUCAAAUUUAUGCUAAUCUAUAG